AUGCCGUCGUGGACGAAAGUAUCCUGGAUAGUGGUGGCUGUUGCAGUUGUGGUUGGAGUGGUGGUGGGGACCGUCACAUGGGCUAUUAUAGGAAGGGGCCCGUCACCACCAGAGCUGAGGAAUUUGGACUGGUGGGAAAAUGUGGUUAUAUAUCAGAUCUAUCCGCGCUCAUUCAAAGAUACAGAUGGCGAUGGAAUCGGAGACUUAAAAGGCAUUACUAGUGAGAUGGAACAUUUCGUCGAGGCUGGUGUUGGUGCGAUAUGGAUGUCACCGAUCUUCACCUCGCCGAUGAUCGACUUUGGCUACGACAUCAGCGAUUUCUACAAUAUUCAUUAUGAAUAUGGAACCAUGGCUGACUUUGAAGAACUUGUUUCACGAGCGCAUGAACUGGAGCAAGCCGACUUUAAUUUCCGCGAGCCCGCAGUUCGACAAGAAAUGUUGAACAUAAUGAGAUUUUGGAUAGAAAAAGGAGCGGACGGGUUCCGUCUUGAUGCUAUUCCCCAUCUAUUUGAAGCUGAUCCAAAUGACCAUGGCGGUGUAUACCCAGAUGAACCAUUAACUGGCAACAUGUUUCUUACAAGUGAUCAGCCUGGGUACACUACUCAAGAGUAUGUUAGAGAUCUAAUAGAGCUCUACGAUGUUGUGUAUGAAUGGAGAGAUUUCGUUGACGCAUGGCAAGAAGAUAACCAAGCGGAAACUAAAGUUCUUCUAGCUGAAGCGUACGCCAACAUUACAAUGACUAUGCUGUAUUACGGCGACGAACGCGGUCGCAUUGGGGCACAUUUUCCCUUCAAUUUUGACUUUAUCACCAGCCUCUCUGCCAAAUCAAACGCUCGAGACUUUGUGUACGUCAUAAACCGAUGGCUGACCUACAUGCCGCGGGGACAAGUUGCUAACUGGGUGUUUGGCAACCACGACAAUAAUAGAAUGCCGUCAAGGUUCAGGACCAAUAUGGUAGAUGGCCUCAACGGCCUGAACAUGAUGCUGCCUGGUGUAGCGAUAACCUAUCAAGGAGAGGAAAUCGGAAUGAGGGACGGUUACGUCAGUUGGGAAGAUACAGUUGAUGUGGCCGCUUGCAAUCAAGGCAACCCAGACAACUAUUUAGAAUAUUCGAGGGAUCCAGCUAGGACUCCGUACCAUUGGAACAACUCGACCAGCGCUGGCUUCUCUACUAGUCAAUCUACGUGGUUGCCGGUGGCAGAAGAUUACAUGGAGAUAAACCUACAAGCGCAAAAGGAAGCCGAACGGAGUCAUUUCAAGGUGUACCAGUCUCUUACAAAACUUCGUAAGGAACCAGCUGUAUCUCACGGCGAUCAUCACAUUCAAGCGUUAUCAGAAAACACUUUUGUCUCAGUGCGUCACAUAAUCACUUAUGACACCUACGCUCUGGUGUUUAAUGUAGGCACAGAAACAGAUACAGUUGAUUUAUCCACGACCAAUCUUCUAGCGGAACCUAUGACAGUAUACGCUUCAAGUAUAUUUUCGGAGAGAGUUCCUGGGGACACGAUACCACUCGGCGAGGUGACAUUGCAACCGGGCGAGGCUCUCGUGCUACGAGCUCCUCCGACAUAG